AUGUUAUACGUCCCUGCUUACUCAUCAGUUGUCUCUCUCCAUCUCUCUCUCUUCCACCCUGCCCUGAGCACGGUCAUCCUCAUGGGCAUGGAGUUUGACGGGAGCAGAACGAUGACGGGAGUGCAGGAGCUCACUGGCUUAGUGCGGUCACAUCGUGAGCUCACUGGCUUAGUGCGGUCACAUCGUGAGCUCACUGGCUUAGUGCGGUCACAUCGUGAGCUCACUGGCUUAGUGCGGUCACAUCGUGAGCUCACUGGCUUAGUGCGGUCUCAUCGUGAGCUCACUGGCUUAGUGCGGUCACAUCGUGAGCUCACUGGCUUAGUGCGGUCACAUCGUGAGCUCACUGGCUUAGUGCGGUCACAUCGUGAGCUCACUGGCUUAGUGCGGUCACAUCGUGAGCUCACUGGCUUAGUGCGGUCACAUCGUGAGCUCACUGGCUUAGUGCGGUCACAUCGUGAGCUCACUGGCUUAGUGCGGUCACAUCGUGAGCUCACUGGCUUAGUGCGGUCACAUCGUGAGCUCACUGGCUUAGUGCGGUCACAUCGUGAGCUCACUGGCUUAGUGCGGUCACAUCGUGAGCUCACUGGCUUAGUGCGGUCACAUCGUGAGCUCACUGGCUUAGUGCGGUCACAUCGUGAGCUCACUAGGAGCUGUCCUCCCAGCCCCGCUUCACCAGCCACAUCCCCUCCUUUCCCCCCUACUGUGCAUGCUUCCAUUGCCAUCCCUUAUUCCCUCCCUACUCCCCUCCCUUCCAGCAUCCACCACGUGAUUGGCGAUGGCACCUCCCUCAUGUGGCUGCUCUCCAGCCAAUCCAGACCGUCCAAGCUCUUGCCGCUACCCAUCGAACAAUCUGGACCGUCCAAGUCAGAUCGCACUGGUGAUAUCCCCAUUGAUGAUGGUUCGUCCUGCAGUUCUAAGGUUUCUAACGAAGCUGGCAACAUCAUGGCGAUUGGGGGGCCUGAAGGCAAUAACGAGUCAGCUUCUGAAGGGGAUGAAGUGGAGAGUGUGACGGGAAGCAUGGUGGGGAGUGAAUCGGCAGAAAGCAGCAGUGAGACUGCGGGAGGUCAUGCGAGUGGUGCUGCUGCUGCUGGUGGUGAUGACCACCCGUGCACGCCCGUUCGCUCCGCCAUGCCGUUUUCGAGGCUGCGAAAGCAGGACCAGCGGACGCUUCCGAGAAGCUUCGCGGUGACGGAGGGGAUUGAGAUGGAGAGGGUGACUCGGGUUCGCAGGGCACUUGGAGCGACUGUGAACGACCUUAUGAUGGCUGUCAUUGCUGCGGGCAUAGAGAGCUACGUGCAAGACCUGAGACGGCUCAAAACUCAUCAGAUGCAAACAGGGGAGCACAAUCCCGAGUCAAGUGAUCGGCGCCAAAAGUCAAGUGGAUGGAGCAGCAGCAAUGGUGCUAUUCGGUUCAGAGCGGUGACAAUGGCUGAUCUGAGGAGCAGAACACGAAAGGGAACACCUGUUUGGGGCAAUAAGCUAGGAAUAAACGUCAUCUCUCUCCCCAUCUCACUGAAUCCUCCUCCACUUCAUCCCACUCCUCCUCCUACUCCAACGGCCACCUUGGAAAACCCCACGCAUGCCAUGUCAGCCCCACUGCCACGUGGCAUCACCUCCUCCACUGCCACACCGCCAAGUGUAACAAGCAGCCACGUCAUUGACAUGCCGGCAGAGUCAGCACCACCGGCUGCAGAGGCAAAAGGCACAUGUGGGGGCAAGGAGAUGAGGAGAGUGCGGCGAGUGAGGGCAGAGUGUGGGCAGAAGAAGGUGUCCUGGGAGGCUCACUUAACCAACCUCUACGCUCGCGUGGCCCUCGCCCUGCUGGGACGAAAGGUGAUGGCAUGGCUGUUUGCGAGGGUGUCCCAGCAAACCUCGAUUACAGUCUCCAACAUUGCAGGGCCGAAGGAAAAGCUGACUCUCUCCGGCCAUGUUGUUUCCGCACUAACUAUAACUACAGUGGGCCAACACCAGGCCAUGACGUGUCACAUUGAGUCAUACGCUGGUUAUUUGAAGAUUGUUGAGAUAUUUCGCAAGAAGCCUGUCAAGAUGGAUUUUCUGAGGGCUGGAACGCACAUGAUGACGUCAUCGUUCCUCUACACCAUCUCCUCUGGUCCCUCUUUCUCCUCCAACUCUCCCUCUCUCCCUCCGUCCGUCCCUCCGUCCUCCCUGACUCCAGUUUGGCCUUCCUUCUGCGGGCCCCACGACCCCUACUCCCAGCACUGCCUCUCCACCCCCCACCUCUCCUCCACCCCACCCAGCAUCCCCCUCCUCCCAUCCCAUCACAACACCCUCUCCCACGCCUCCUUUUCUCCUCUAUCUAGCAUCAUCCCUGCCACAGUCACAUGGAACCAGAUAGAGCGCCUAGCAGCAGAGGAAACCAGCCCAGGGUACCUCCCUCCGUGGCUGCUAUUCCUCCCAGCCUCCCCGUGCCUGCUGCACGCGUCCUUCCUGCUCUUCUCAGCCUUCUUCAUCAUCUGCACCCUCUCUCACCUCCUCAUCCUCCCCAAACCCAAACACGCACACCCCAGCCCCUCCUCUUCUUCCAGCCCCUCCUCUUCCUCCUCCGCCUCCCGCCCCUCUGCCCCGUCUGCCCCUGCCUCUCGCUCCUCCCACCCCAUGGGGUCUGACCAAGAUGGUGCUGCUGAUACAGCAGAUACCACAGGGGCUGAGACACACUGGGAAGCAGGGCCCGGGUACUGGCUCUCUCUCUUCCUCUCCCUCCUCCUCUCAGUUGCCUGGGCGCUGCUGAUCCUAUAUGCGCUUCUCUUCAUGCUGUUAUAUUCCGCUAGUAGCAAGCAGCAUGGACCGUAUCCUCAUGAACUCGCAUUUGCAGCCGGGCAGGUGGUAACCUGGUUACUGGCGCUGCGGGUGUUACUGCUGUACGGCAAACAGAGGGGUCAGAGGCUCGUGGGUUCUGCUAGGGUUUGGCUGUUUGCGAAUGCUUGUGCUGUGCUGCUACUCUCUGCUGGUGUGGUGUUACGAUUUGGUUCCCCUGGAGGGUUGAAGGCAGGAGCAGGAGAGGCAGCUGGAGAAGGGGUGCUUGUUGGAAAUAGCCAAGGGAAUUUUGGGGUGUGGAGCGAUUUUCUGACAUUGGUUACCCUUCCGGUGGCUCUCCUGUUCGGGGUGUUUGCUGUGAAUGGACGGCCAGGAUGGGCUCUGCCCCGCGCAGAAUCUCAACCGUCGGAUGUCGAAACUAUAGAGGAUGGGCUACGCACUCCAUUGCUGAUUGGUGGAGGGGCAAUUAGAGAAAGCCACGUGGCAGGGAAGGAGAAAAAAAAGCAUCAGAAAUCAAAUCUCUCUAGACCAACAGGGAAUGCGUCAGGAGAAGAAGCAGAGCAGGGAGGGAAACGGCGACAGUCACACUUAGAGCAGUUGCAGGAUGAAGAGGAGGAGGAGGAGCAGGAGCAGAAGAAGCAGGAGCAGGAGCCUCCUAUGACUCUCUACGCCUCUGCUGAUUGGCUCUCGGCUCUCACGUUUGGAUGGGUCUCGCCAUUCCUGGAGGCAGGUUCGGAGAAGACCGUGGCCAUGGAGGACGUGCCGAGCCUACAGGCCUGCGACCGUGCCGAAGCUAAUUUCCAAGCCUUUGACGCCAGCUGGGCGAGGCAGGUUGCUGCGGCCGAAGCUGCCGAAGCUGCAGCAGCAAGGGGCGGCAGCGCCACUCUCCCUUUCUCCAUCAGCCCUCUCUCACUCUCCCAGCUGUUCACCUGUGAAAACCUCUGCACCGUACUCUACCGCUGCAUCUCCACUCUCUCCUCCUGCCUUCACUCCCUCAAAUCCUUCCUCACCUCGCUCUACCGCUCUCCGUGCACGCAGCAAGAAGACAGCAAAGACUCUGCCGCUGCAGAAAAACCCAAGGAAGAAAAAGAAGAGGAGGGGGAGCAGAUACCGCCCAAGGCAACGGUAACCCGAGCUCUCUGGGAGUGCUUCUGGAGGCCGCUGGUGCUGACAGGAGUGCUGGCGCUGGGCAAGACGGGCGUGAUGUAUGCGGGUCCGCUGCUGCUCGCGAGCUUUGUGCAGUUUGCGGCGGGUGAGAGGGCGUUCCCAGGGGAGGGGGUGGUGCUGGUGGUGGCGCUGUUCCUGUCCAAGGUGUCUGAGAUUGUCCUGGAGCACCAGUUCAACUUCAGAUCUGAGGUGCUUGGACUGGACAUCAAAGCUGCACUCGUGGGCGCGCUGUAUCGCAAGGGGCUACGAUUGUCCAGCAAGGCGAAGCAGAGGCACACGAUUGGGGAGAUCGUGAAUUACAUGUCCACAGAUGCUCAGCGCUUGGCAGACCUCAUGUGGGAGCUUCACAACAUCUGGGUGCUGCCGCUGCAGAUUGUCUGUGCCCUCGUCAUCCUGUUUCACGUCGUGGGCAUAUCCAUGCUGGCAGGUCUCGGCGUCAUGCUGGCAGUGAUGCUCGCCAAUCUCCUAGUAGCCUCCGGAAUCCACCGAUUCAUAACCGAAAUCAUGACAGCCAAGGACGCGCGCAUGAAGGCCACAUCCGAAGCCCUCUCCUCCAUGAAAAUCAUCAAGCUCUACGCGUGGCAGCAGUUCUUCCAGGUCAAAAUCCAGUCUCUCCGCGACUCCGAAGCCUCCUGGCUCGUCAAGUUCAUGGCCUAUGCAGCAGUCAACAUCUUCCUCCUCUGGCUCACCCCCCUCGCGGUCUCCGUCGCAACCUUCGGCAUGAUGGUUGCGCUUGGAGUGCCGCUUACCCCUGCGUCGGUGUUCACUGCGAUUGCGACUUUCAGGAUUCUGCAGGAGCCGUUACGGUCGUUCCCGUCGGUGAUUAGCGCCGUGACGCAGGCCAUGGUGUCGCUGAAACGGCUUUCAAGGUUUUUGUCUGAUGAGGAGUUGCAGUGGGAUGCGGUGGAGAGGGUUGGAGAGGGAGGAGGGAUGGGUGGAGAGGGAAUGCGGGAUGGUGUGAAUGGUAGUGGGUAUGGAGAGAAGACCACGUUGACUGGCGUUGAGCUGGAGAUUAGGAGGGGCAUGCGUGUGGCUGUGUGUGGGACCGUGGGUGCUGGCAAGUCGUCUCUGCUGUCCUGCAUUUUGGGAGAGGUUCCCAAGCUGCAAGGGAAGGUGUUUGUAGCUGGUCCCACAGCCUAUGUCCCCCAGUCAGCGUGGAUUCAAAACUCCACCAUCCGGGACAACAUUCUGUUCGGCCAGCCGCUAGACCGCGCGCGCUACCACCACACGCUGCACCAGUGCUCCCUGCUGGCGGACCUGCGCCUGUUUCCUUUGGGGGCAGACACGCAGAUCGGGGAGAGGGGGGUGAAUUUGUCUGGUGGGCAGAAGCAGAGGAUUCAGCUGGCGCGGGCGAUGUACGCAGGGGUGGGGAUGGGUGCGGAGGUGUACCUGCUGGACGAUCCCUUCAGUGCUGUGGACGCUCAUACGGGAUCAGAGCUUUUCAUGGAAUACGUGCUCAAGGGGCUGGCAGGGAAAACAGUCAUUCUGGUGACACAUCAAGUGGAAUUUCUCCCCGCUGCUGACCUCAUCCUGGUGAUGAAGGAGGGGCGCAUAGUGCAGUCAGAGAACAUGGAAGUGGGGGAAUUAGAUGGUGCCUCUGCUGGUGCUACUGGUGCUGCUGCUGGCUCUGGUGGUGCUGGGGGUGCUGGUGGUGCUUUAGGGGGGCCGGCAGGGGAAGAUGGGGAUGGGCAGUUGAUCAGUGAGGAAGAGCGGGAGUCGGGGCGGGUUUCUUUGGCUGUAUACUGGCAGUACAUGACGAAAGCGAUGGGCGGCUGGCACGUCCCGCUGCUGCUAUUGGUCCAGCUGGCGUGGCAGGCACUGCAGAUCGGAUCUGACCUGUGGCUGGCCACGUACAGCUCAGCAGGGGCUAGGAACAGCUCAGCAGAUGCGGGCGGCCUGUUUGUGCUGCUGCGAACAGCAGUCAUAUCGUGGGCGGGCGUAAUGACCACCCAGGCGUUCUUUCGAAGCAUGCUGCAAACCGUGUUUCGAGCGCCCAUGUCCUUCUUCGAUUCCACUCCUAUUGGGCGAAUCCUAUCCCGGGCCUCCACGGACCAAAGUGCCCUUGACUUGGACCUGCCAUUCGAGUUCGGGUCCCUCCUUGCCAUGGUCUUUCAGCUGUUCGGGAUUCUAUUCGUCACAUCCUACAUCACGUGGCCCGUGUUUUAUGCCAUCAUCCCUCUCACGUACCUCUACUUCUCCUUCCAGGAGUAUUAUCUAAUGACAUCGAGGGAGCUCUCUCGUCUCAACGGGGUCACUAAGGCACCCAUCAUCGAGCAUUUCAGCGAGUCCCUGUCAGGAGCAGCAGUGAUCCGGGCAUUUGCGCAACAGCCCAGAUUCGCUCAGAAGAAUGCAGAGCGAGUCGACACCAACAACCGAGUGGCCUUCCAUUAUGGCGCAUGCACCGUGUGGCUGGGAGUGCACCUUGAACUGCUGGGGGCGCUGCUGUUCUGCUUCUCAGCUCUCAUGCUGGUGUGGCUGCCCCCUUCAGUCAUUUCCCCAGGUCUGGCUGGCAUGUCCCUCUCCUAUGGUCUCGCCCUCUCCCAAGGCCUAUUCUACGUGGUGUGGGUGUGGUGCGCGCUUGAGAACCAGAUGGUCUCAGUCGAGCGCAUUCUCCAGUUCUCCCACCCCAACGUGCCCCCCGAAGCACCGCUCUCCAUCCCAUCCCACCGCCCUCCCUCCUCCUGGCCCAACCACGGCGCCAUCACCUUCGAAAACCUCCAAAUCCGGUACCGACCGGACCUCCCAUUGGUUCUCAAGGGCGUGAGCUUGCAAAUCAACGGUGGAGAGAAAGUCGGGGUGGUCGGGCGGACCGGCAGCGGGAAAUCAACGCUCGUGGUCGCUCUGUUUCGGCUCGUCGAACCAACAGCGGGUCGGGUGGUGAUAGACGGUGUGGAUACCUCCAGGAUCGGGUUGACGGACCUGCGGAGCAGGCUCGCGAUCAUACCUCAGGACCCGACCCUGUUCCAAGGCUCGGUUCGCAUGAAUGUGGAUCCGGCGGGGGAGUAUCGGGAUGAGGAGAUUUGGGAGGCGCUGGACAGGUGCCAACUGGGGGAGGUGGUUCGUGGCAUGGACGAAAAACUUGAGGCGCAAGUGGUGGAAGGAGGCGAGAAUUGGAGCGUGGGACAGAGGCAGCUGUUCUGCCUGGGGAGGGCCCUGCUGAAGCGCACUCGCAUUCUCGUGCUGGACGAGGCAACGGCAUCCGUUGAUUCGGCGACGGAUGCAGUGAUCCAACGGACAAUAAAGGAGUGCUUUGGUGACGCCACCAUCAUCAGCAUCGCGCAUCGGAUUGCAACGGUUAUUGACAGCAAUAAAGUGGUAGUGAUGGAUCAAGGCACUGUAGCGGAGUGUGACGAGCCGGCCAAGCUACUGGAGGAUAAGACAUCCAUGUUCUCGCGGCUUGUAGCUGACGCCAUGGGUGGAGGAAAAUGGCCGCCGCGUGUGCGCAAGGAAGACGCGGAAGGUGAGGGAGGCGUGGAGCCGUCUUGGGAAAUGGUACCGCUGUCGCCCACAGGAUCCGACAGUGAACACUCGGACACGGAACGAUCAGAAGACGAGGAAACAAAGCAACUGAAAGUCGUUGACACGGAACAGUCAGAAGAGAAGGACACGGAGCGACCGGAGCACGGACUACAAGUCCCGGAUUCUGUUGAGAUUUCAGCCGACGUAUGCGCUCUCUGCGCUAGUGUGGUUGCUGACGUCGACUCUUCGCUUGCUGACGUUGAAUACCCGCAUGCUGACGUUGAAUCCCCACCCGCUGACGUCGACUCUUUCACUGCUGACGUCAACUCCCCGCCUGUUGACGUCAACCCCCCGCCUGCUGACAUCGACUCCCUUGCUGCUGACGUUGACUCUCCUCCCGCUGAUGUGGAGCGCUCUGACGUGCCCGAGACUACGUCAGAUGACGGCCACCAGACAGCUGAACUGAUGGCCGAAUUGACGGCUGACGGUCAGCAGCAGGUAGCAGAGGAGACGGCAGGUGAGGAGCAGGUGGCUGUUCCCGUAGAUUGUCCAGUCGUCGUUAACGCCUCUCACGCUGCGAACGAGGGAGGCGAGGGAGGGGACGGGAGCGAGGGGAUUUCAAGCGAGGGUGGCAAGGACGACAAGAGUGAAGGACGUGAGGUACGGCAGGAGGAGCAGGAGAAGGCGAAGAGCGUUCUGCUGCUGGUCGAGGCUGAUCUCUCCUCUGCCCCUGCCUCUGCUACUGCCAGCAGCAACGAUCAGAACCAGACGAAGCUGGCUCGGCGCUUGGCAGACGCUCUGCUGCACGCCGCAGGUGCCACCUCCUCCUCUCUGGCAGGCACAGAUGCACCGCCCCUGGAUGCCACCUCCCCUGCUCGUCUGCUGCUCAGGCGUGCUCUGGGAGAAGGCUCUUUGGACAAGCUGCCUGCCUGGGGGGAGUUGAGCUCAUCUCUGCUGGUGGUGCCGUUUGCUCCAGGAGCAACUGAUUCCCUGAUGGCGGAUAUUCUCGCGUCUGGGCUCGAAGUACUGCCUGUUGCCACAGCUGACGUGGAUAAUCCGAAGGCCAGCAGCCAAUCAGACGUUCCAGUGCCACCGGUGCACGUGUCAGCUGCUGUGCUUGUGCUCUCUGCUACCGACCUGAAUGCACUCCGGCUGCUACUGUGUGAAGGGGAAGGGAAAAAGAACGAGGGGGAGGAGGAGGAGCAAAAUCUCACUGCUGCCUCUGCUGCUGCUCUUCUGAAGAAGCUGCAGGGGCAGUUUGAUCUGCUUCGUGUUUGCUUUCGUUACGCGCAAGGCGUUCCUAUCGCUCUCCUCGACACCCACUCCCUCUCACCGGAUACCCUCGCCCACUGCCACUCCUUCCUCCUCUCCUCGCUGCACCUACCCUCCUCAUGGCCCAUCUUCUCCAUUCCCGCGCUGCUGAAACCUCCUGGCGAGCUGGAUUCACCUGCACCUGUCGCCACACCUGAGUCCGAAGAUUCACCUGAGAAAUCACCUGAAGAAUCAUCUGACAGCAGCAACAGCAACACAGAGCUAGAAUUAGCUUGCGCCCUCUGCCCUGCCUCUGUGGGAGCUCUGCUUGUCUCGGUAAUGCACCUCUCGAGCCUUUCACUUGAGCUGAAUCAACUGGGGAAGAAGAAUCAAGCAGGGGCGAGUGGAGGAGCUGACACAGCCAAGUCAACCCAGUCAACUCAGUCAGAGGAUACCAACAAGUGGGCGGCACUCUGGCACGCAGCAGAUUCCCUCACCUCCGGCCGGCUCUCCCACACCCUCACCACUGUCACCCCACACCUGAACCACCUGCACCAGAUGUACCUUCCCUUGAGGCCCCACCUCCACCAGGUAACCCUGCACCUGGACAGCCGCUUCCCCUCCCUCCGCCCGCAGAUUGUCUCCCUCUACCGCAACCCACGCAAGCUGGUGCUGCCACUCUCCCCCCUCCUCCUCGCGCUCCUCCUCCUCUCGUUCCUCCUCUCGGGACUUGUCUUUUUUGUGCUUCGCUCCUGGGUGUACCACGGCGGGCCCCUGCCGUUUCCCUUGGAUAUCCUUCUCUCGCCGGUUUUCGAUGCUGUUGCGGCUGUGUGUGGGUGUAAUGCUGCUGCUGGGGGAGAUGCUGCUGCUGCUGCUGGUGCUGCUGGUGCUGCUGCUUUUAGUGGUGGUUGCGGCGCUGGGCCUUAUUUUGGGCCGUUCAAUAACGAGUACAGGGGAGGAUGGGGCAGCUGGUGGGGGUAUUGGCCUUCAUCCCCCCACCACCACCGGCAGCACUAUUACUACCGCACUAGGUGGGCCCCGGCACGUUAG